CGGCUGCUGCGGCGCCUCAUAUCCGGUGUCCGCCCGCCCUCGCCGCCGCCGCUGCUCCGCGAUGCUAUCCAGGUCUCGCUGCGUGUCCCGGGCACUCAGCCGUUCGCUCACCGCCUUCCAGAAGGGGAACUGCCCUCUAGGGAGACGUUCCCUGCCUGGGGUCUCGUUAUGUCAGGGAGCAGGUUACCCUGAUAGCAGGAAGAUUGUCAUAAACAAUAGUAGUGUCUUCAGUGUUCGCUACUUCAGAACGACAGGCGUGUGCAAGGAUGAUGUGGUUACCGUCAAAACCCCAGCGUUUGCAGAAUCUGUAACAGAGGGGGAUGUCAGGUGGGAAAAAGCUGUUGGAGAUACAGUUGCAGAAGAUGAAGUGGUUUGUGAGAUUGAAACUGACAAGACAUCCGUGCAGGUUCCUUCACCAGCACAUGGCGUGAUUGAAGCUCUUUUGGUACCUGAUGGGGGCAAAGUAGAAGGCGGCACUCCUCUUUUCACACUCAGGAAAACUGGCGCUGCUCCUGCUAAGGCUAAACCAGCUGAAGCUCCUGCUGCUGCAGCCCCGAAAGCAGAGCCGACAGCGCCCCCGGUUCCUCCUCCCUCGGCCGCACCCAUCCCCACUCAGAUGCCUCCAGUGCCCUCGCCCUCACAACCUCUUGCUAGCAAACCGGUGUCUGCAGUAAAGCCCACCGCUGCUCCGCCAGCAGCUGAGCCCGGAGCUGGCCCAGGUCUGCGUUCAGAACACCGGGAGAAAAUGAACAGGAUGCGGCAGCGCAUUGCUCAGCGUCUGAAGGAAGCCCAGAAUACGUGUGCUAUGCUGACUACUUUCAAUGAGGUUGACAUGAGUAACAUUCAGGAGAUGAGGGCCCGGCACAAAGAUGCUUUUCUGAAGAAACAUAACCUUAAACUAGGCUUCAUGUCGGCAUUUGUGAAGGCCUCGGCCUUUGCCUUACAGGAGCAGCCUGUUGUAAAUGCAGUGAUUGAUGAUGCAGCCAAAGAGGUGGUGUAUAGGGAUUACAUUGACAUCAGUGUUGCAGUGGCCACUCCACGGGGUCUGGUGGUUCCUGUCAUCAGGAAUGUGGAAACAAUGAAUUACGCAGAUAUUGAGAGAACCAUCAGUGAACUAGGGGAGAAGGCCCGAAAGAAUGAACUUGCCAUUGAAGAUAUGGAUGGUGGCACUUUCACCAUUAGCAACGGAGGCGUUUUCGGCUCACUGUUCGGAACACCCAUUAUCAAUCCUCCUCAGUCUGCUAUCCUGGGCAUGCACGGCAUCUUUGAUAGGCCGGUGGCCGUGGGAGGCAAGGUGGAGGUGCGGCCUAUGAUGUACGUGGCACUGACCUACGACCACCGCCUGAUCGAUGGCAGAGAGGCAGUGACUUUCCUCCGCAAAAUCAAGGCAGCAGUAGAGGAUCCCAGAGUCCUCCUUCUGGACCUUUAGGAGGAAGCUGCAAGUCCUCCCAAGUCGACCAUACAGGAACUGAAAACCAGUCUUCUCCCUGUCCCCUCACGGGUCCUGGGUUAGCCUGGUGCAAACAGGCACACGUGUUGGCCUCAAGGAAGCCAGGGCACUAUGUAACCAGCAGUCACAGGCCUCUUCUGGUGGUGUUCCUGCCAGGCGCUCUCCCUCUGCGCACCUUCCUCAUACUUCUUAGGCUCGAAAGAGUCUUCAUGGAUGCUCAUUAGUAUUCCUCUGCCUUUCUU